AACUCGUUAAACUAAACAGGACCCAUUGAGUUAUUUUAAGCUCUGAGGGCUAUAUUUCCUUUAAUUUAGCCUGAAACGGCAGUAUCGGUCCAACUUCUCUCUCAUUAAUACCACUUUAUAAAUACAGGUGGGGGAUAAAUAACCCAUUUAAAGUCGAUGUUUGUGUCCGCUGUUAAGUUUAAUGGUAUUUCGUGUAUAUGAGGAAAGCACGCCCCCUUACAGCGAAGUGCGCGGUCCCGUGACUUGCCCGUUAAGACCUGGCUGAGUUAAAACGGUUACUCUCGCGCAUCUCCGACCUUGCUCACUACGAGGACACGUCAAAUCUCAUUCACAGUUGUGCACUCUCUUUUUGCAGGGUCAGAUCAACGGAGUCCAGCAUCUUUUUGACACAAGAGACGCGACGGAACGGCAAAGAACGCUCUAGUCAUUUUAUGGAGGCUUGUGGGACGCAACGAAACAUUUCUUAAUAGUGUUCGCUCUGAGGAUAACAAUCAAGACUCCCGUUAAUUCGGAACACAUUUUUGUUUGGAUUUAAGCCUGUUUGAAAUGUGGCGUUAUGUCCUCGUGCUACAUGUGAUAUGUGUGUGAUUUGGAGAGUAUCUUGUGGAAGGUGUACAGUGGGAAAGAGACUGGGUGGACUCAUCUGCAACUGAUCCCCGUUUUCUGAGCGCAAUGGACUUGGAAUGAAGAAAAAGCAUGGAUUUAAUCUGGGAAAUAUUUAUCAUCCUUCAAGCCAAUCUCAUCGUUUGCACUUCAGCUCAGCCAAAUCUACCCAAAAUCCACGAGGGAUGGUGGGCUUACAAAGAAGUUGUUCAGGGGAGCUUUGUUCCAGUGCCAUCUUUCUGGGGGCUUGUAAAUUCUGCCUGGAAUCUGUGUUCUGUGGGUAAGAGACAGUCUCCAGUCAACAUAGAGACCAGCCAUAUGAUAUUUGAUCCCUUCCUGACACCGCUGAGGCUCAACACUGGCGGGCGAAAGGUGGGAGGGACAAUGUACAACACCGGCCGCCAUGUAUCACUGCGACUGGACAAAGAGCACCUGGUGAACAUCUCUGGUGGACCAAUGACGUACAGCCACCGACUUGAGGAGAUCAGGUUACACUUUGGCAGUGAGGACGGACAGGGCUCUGAGCAUCUCCUCAAUGGCCAGGCCUUCUCUGGAGAGGUACAGCUUAUACAUUACAACCAUGAACUGUACACAAACUACACAGAAGCUGCUAAGAGUCCAAAUGGGUUGGUGAUAGUGUCUAUAUUUAUGAAGAUAUCCGAGACCUCAAAUUCAUUUCUGAAUCGAAUGUUGAACAGAGACACCAUCACAAGAAUAACAUACAAGAAUGAUGCAUACCUUCUCUCGGGGCUAAACAUUGAGGAGGUGUAUCCAGAGACAUCAAGUUUUAUUACUUAUGAAGGGUCUAUGACAAUCCCACCGUGCUAUGAGACCGCAACGUGGAUUCUGAUGAACAAGCCAAUUUACGUCACAAAGAUGCAGAUGCACUCCAUGCGACUUCUAAGUCAGAAUCAGCCCUCACAGAUAUUCCUCAGUAUGAGUGACAAUGUGCGUCCAGUACAGCCUCUGAACAACCGCUGUAUCCGCACCAACAUCAACUUCAGCAUGCAGGGCAAGGACUGCCCCAACAACAGGGCACAGAAGCUACAGUACCGAGUGAAUGAAUGGCUGCUGAAAUAGAGCGAGGAUGUGGACCAGCCCAAGAACACUAAGUGCAAGGAAAAGAAUGAAGAGAAAUGAAGGAAUAGAGUGAAGACUGACAUAUGUCCUGCCCGAUAAAGUCAUGACGUUGUUAAGAAAAAAGAAACCCCAGCAAGAAGAGACUUUGCACAGUUGGCAAAGAGAUUCAAUUUCAUACAUCAAGUCAAAACUAGUGACAUACAGUUAUAACUACACAAAUGUUUUGAUACCUUUUUUUGGGAGAAAAAAACACUAAAAAAAAUUAACAUUUCUUUCAUAGCCUCUUCACCAAUGAAACUGAAUAUUUUUAGCCUUUGUACAUAUGGACAACUUGCUAUAAAUCAGCGGGAAAAGGACAUAGGACAUUGAACCCACUGACCAAUACAGAGACAUCCUUGAAUCAUAACUGCAUUCUCAAUCUUUAUUCUCGCUCAUGGUGUAGAGAGGAGGGAGAGGCAACAACAUUGCUGGUUUAUUGUCAAGACAAAAAUCAUCAUACAGAAGAAUUCCGGGUGAUAUUGUCUAUGAUAAAAUGAGUGUCUUGGCCUUGUAAAUAUAAUUAUUCAUGCUGAAAAUUAAUAUGUAAAGAUACAAAUAAACAUUUAAAAAAAUAAUAUCGGGGGGAAUGAAAAAAGUUGAAUAUUUUACGCUUGGCGCACUUUGAAUUUCUGGAGCAGAGCUGAUGCCUUUUUUCUGUUUCAUUGUUUACAAUGGUCAUACACUGUGUUUGAUUAAUGUUAUCGGCCCAAUAAAUGUGUUUGGAAAGUU